AUGUCGUCUUCAAGUUUAUAUCUUAUAGUGAUUGGUACAUUAGUUACUGGAGCUGCUAACUCAUUAUUCACUAAAUAUCAAGAUAAUCAAUGUGUUAAAAAUUGUCAAAAUCCUGAUAUUUCAACUCAUAAAAAUUUUGAACAACCAGGUAUUCAAACUUUUCAAAUGUUCAUCGGAGAAUUCGCUAUGAUAUUCGUAUAUUAUCUUUUAUAUAAAUCGAGAUUUGCCAUUGAUAAUCAUAGAGGUUAUACUCCGAUUGAAGGUGAAGAAAAUCAAUUACAACAUGAAGAACGAGAACAAUCUAAGUCAAAAACUUUUUCAUUAUAUGAAGAUUGGAAGUUAGCUAUCCCAGCUGCUUGUGAUUUAUGUUGUACUACAUUAUUAAAUAUCGGAUUGGUAUAUACUCCGGUAUCGAUUUAUCAAAUGACAAGAGGGUCAGUGGUUUUAUUUGUGGCUAUUCUUUCGGUAAUUUUCUUAAAGAGAAAAAUCACAAAAUUAGAAUGGAUUUCAUUAUUUUUUGUUAGUUUAGGAGUGGCAUUAGUUGGUUUAAGUGGUUCAAGAAAUGCUGAAUCGUCAUCCUCAUCAUCGUCAAAUGUAUCAGGAUUAAUUAUCCUUGGUAUUGUUUUAAUUAUCGUGGGUGAAUUAUUACAAGCAUUCCAAUUUGUUAUUGAAGAACAUAUCUUAGAUAAACAUCCUAUUAUCCCUUUACAAAUAGUCUAUUCCGAAGGAUUCUUUGGAUUCACCAUCUUAUUAGUCGCCAUGAUAAUCCUUAGUAUCAUUGUUGGUUCAAUCCAAUCCCCUGAACAAUUUGCUGAUUCACCAUUUAAUCUUGUAGAAGCUGUUUCACAAGUGGUUCAUUCUAAACAAGUUCUUUUCUCCUCCAUUUGCAUUAUGAUAUCGAUUGCAGUAUUCAACUAUUGUGGUAUAACUUUAACUCAUGUCUUAUCAGCCACGGCAAGAUCAACCAUUGAUACCUGUAGAACCUUAUUAGUUUGGAUAUUAGCUAUUAUAAUGGGAUGGGAACAAUUUCAUUUUUUGCAAUUUUUAGGAUUUGCAGUAUUAGUAUUUGGAACAUUAUGUUUCAAUGGAAUUUUAAAACCAGAAGAAUGGUCAUUUAUCCCACAAUGGUUGAAAGAAGAUACAACUCCUGGUGAAAGAUUAAUAGAUGUGGUUGAUGAACAAAUUGAAAGAAUGUAA